UGCUCUGCAGAGGAGGAGUAGCGCUGAGGCGAAGCAAGGCGGGCUGGUUGGUUGGGUUCGAGCCUAGCGAGGAACGGGGGAAGCCGGCUCCUCUGACGUCCCCGGCAGCUUCUCGACACCGUCCGGCUCCAGCGAAGGGACUGCCCUUGCGGCGCUGAGCAAUUUCUUGGCUGCCGCGGGGCCGCUCAGACUGUAGGAGCAGCAAGUGGUGCCAUCGAGGCCGCGAGGAUGGGGCGGCUAGCUGGUCUGGGCCGCUCGGACUGCGGGAGGCUUUGCGGCCUGAGCCUGGCAGUCGUCUGCCUGCUAGUGCUUCUUCCUGGCCGGGCAUUUUCAGACUCCUGUGUCUGGUACGGCCAAUGUGGAAUAACAUCGGAUGGUAAAAGGUACAACUGUGAAUAUGAUGGCCCACCAUUGCCUCUACCGAAGGAUGGCUAUGAUCUAGUGCAGGAACUCUGCCCAGGUUUGUUCUUUGAGAAUGUUAGCCUUUGUUGUGAUGUGCAGCAGCUUCAAACUUUGAAAGCCAACUUGGAGCUUCCUUUGCAGUUUCUUUCCAGGUGUCCAUCAUGUUUCUAUAAUUUAAUUAAUCUGUUCUGUGAGCUAAGCUGCAGUCCUCAUCAGUCUGAGUUUCUAAAUGUCACACAAAGAAUUCCCUAUUAUGAUCUAGUUAAGAAAGAGAACAGAACCAGCAUCGCAGAGCUGCAGUAUUACAUUGGAGAAACAUUUGCUAAUGAUAUGUAUAAUGCCUGUAAAGAUGUGGAGGCUCCAUCAAGCAAUGUUAAAGCAUUAGGGCUACUAUGUGGGAAAGAUGUUAAAGACUGUAAUGCAACCAACUGGAUUCAGUACAUGCUCAGCAAGGAUAAUGGUCAGACUCCGUUCAACAUGAUUCCAGUUUUUUCAGAUGUUUCCAUCCAUGGAAUGACUCCUAUGAAUAAUGCUACUAAAGGCUGCAAUGAGUCUAUGGAUGACUUUACAGGACCCUGCAGCUGUCAGGACUGUUCUCUUGUUUGUGGUCCCAAACCACAGCCCCCUCCACCUCCUACUCCUUGGCUUUUGUUUGGUUUUGAUGCUAUGUAUGUCAUCAUGUGGCUCUCCUACAUGGGUUUUUUGCUUAUAUUUUUUGCAGCCAUUUUUGGUAUCUGGUGUUACAGGAAGAGACACUUCGUUUCUGAGUAUGCUCCUAUUGACAGCAACAUUGCCUAUUCUGUGAAUUCACACCAGAAUACUGGUGAUGCUUCUAGGUGUGAAAAACUUGGUGAGAGGUUCGAGAAUGCAUUAAGAGUCACAUUCACAUCGUGGGGAGCUUUCUGUGUCCGAAAUCCCAGGCCUGUUAUUGUGUUCUCCCUGGUUAUUAUUGCCAUGUGUUCCUCUGGCUUGACAUUUGUGAAAGUAACUACAAAUCCUAUAGAUCUCUGGUCAUCACCAAACAGUCAAGCUCGUAAAGAGAAGGAGUAUUUUGACACUCAUUUUGGACCUUUCUUCCGUACUGAACAACUUAUUAUUCAAGCCCCACAUACCAAACCAGAGAUCUACUCGCCAUACCCAUCAGGAGCAGAUGUUCCUUUUGGUCCUCCACUUACCAAAGAGAUCUUACAUCAGGUACUAGAUUUGCAGGAUGCUAUUGAAAAUAUAACUGCCUAUUAUAAUAACAACACUGUAAUGCUGAAGGACAUUUGCCUGGCACCUCUUUCUCCCUACAACAACAACUGUACCAUCCUGAGCAUACUCAACUAUUUCCAGAACAGUCACUCUGUCCUUGAUCAUGAAGAUAGUGAUGGUUUUUUUAUCCAUGCGGAUUACCACUCUCACUUCUUGUACUGUGUCCAGGCUCCGGCAUCUCUAAAUGAUACAACCUCACUUCACGAUCCAUGCUUGGGGACAUUUGGUGGGCCUGUCUUCCCAUGGCUGGUGUUGGGAGGAUAUGAUGGUGACAACUACAAUAAUGCCACAGCCCUUGUGAUUACAUUUCCUGUUAAGAAUUAUUACAAUGACUCGAGCAAACUGAUGAAAACUCUGGCUUGGGAAAGCGCGUUCCUAGAUUUUGUGAAAAACUAUGACAACCCAAAUCUGACAAUUUCCUUCUCUGCUGAACGUAGCAUUGAAGAUGAAAUAAACCGGGAAAGCAAUGGUGAUGUUAGCACUGUUCUAAUUAGCUAUGCUGUCAUGUUUGUGUACAUCUCCAUAGCUCUGGGACGCAUCAAGAGUGCUAGAAGAUUCUUGGUGGAUUCAAAAAUUUCCUUGGGCAUUGCAGGGGUUCUCAUUGUAUUGAGUUCAGUAGCAUGUUCUCUGGGAAUCUUCAGCUACUUCGGAGUCUCAUUAACACUGAUUGUGAUUGAAGUCAUUCCAUUUUUGGUGCUGGCUGUUGGAGUAGACAACAUAUUCAUUAUUGUUCAGACUUUUCAGAGAGAUGAACGUCUUCAAGGUGAAACGCUGGAUAAACAGAUAGGACGAAUUCUUGGAGAUGUGGCUCCUAGUAUGUUCCUCUCAUCGUUUUCAGAGACAGUGGCUUUUUUCUUGGGGGUUUUGUCACCUAUGCCUGCUGUUCGAACUUUCUCACUCUUUGCUGCAGUGGCUGUAUUCAUUGAUUUCCUCCUUCAGGUUACCUGCUUUGUUAGUCUCUUAGGACUGGACGUUAAGCGUCAAGAGAAAAAUCAGUUGGAUAUUCUGUGUUGUAUCAAAGGUGGUGAAGAACUCAGCACUGUGCAGCACUCUGAAAGUGUCUUGUUUCCGUUCUUCAAAAACAUAUAUUCUCCAUUUCUUCUUAAGGAUUGGGUGAGACCCAUCGUGAUAUCUAUAUUUGUGGGUAUUCUUUCAUUCAGUAUAUCAGUUGUCAACAAAAUAGAGAUUGGCCUGGACCAGAGGUUAUCCAUGCCAGAUGACUCCUAUAUGAUUGAUUACUUCAACUCCCUCAGCAAAUACUUGCAUGCAGGUCCUCCAGUAUAUUUUGUGCUAGAAGAAGGCCACAACUAUACUACUCUGGAUGGACAGAAUAUGGUGUGUGGUGGAUUGGGAUGCAACAACAACUCCCUAGUGCAGCAAGUAUUUGAUGCAGCAGAGAUUAGUAGCUACACGAAAAUUGGCUAUGCUCCUUCUUCUUGGAUCGAUGACUACUUUGACUGGGUUAAACCACAGUCUUCCUGUUGCAGAGUCUAUAACACCACAGAAAAAUUCUGCAAUGCUUCUGUUGUUAAUCCAUUCUGUGUACGUUGCCGGCCACUAACUCACGAAGGAAAGCAGAGACCCCAGGGUGAUGACUUCAUGAAAUUUCUCCCCAUGUUCCUGUCUGAUAACCCUAAUCCGAAAUGUGGUAAAGGAGGGCAUGCAGCAUAUAGCUCUGCAGUUGAGUUAAUACACAACUCCUCUGAAGUUGGAGCAACUUAUUUCAUGACUUACCAUACGGUGCUAAAAACCUCAGCUGAUUUCAUUGAUGCAAUGAAGAAAGCACGAAUGAUAGCAGCUAAUAUUACUGAAACAAUGGGUAUCCAGGAAAAGAGCUACCGUGUUUUCCCUUACAGUGUGUUCUACGUUUUUUAUGAACAAUACCUGAGUAUUGUGUUCGAUACAAUUUUCAACCUUGGCAUUUCCCUUGGAUCAAUAUUCCUAGUAACAAUGGUGCUGCUGGGCUUUGAAGUGUGGGCUGCCAUUGUUGUUUCCCUCACCAUUUCUAUGAUACUAAUCAACAUGUUUGGAGUCAUGUGGCUUUGGGGAAUCAGCUUAAAUGCAGUUUCCUUGGUCAACCUUGUCAUGAGCUGUGGCAUCUCUGUGGAGUUCUGUAGCCAUGUGACAAGAGCAUUCACAGUUAGUACAAAACCCAGCAGAGCAGAGCGAGCUGAAGAGGCGUUAUCCCACAUGGGCAGUUCUGUUUUCAGCGGUAUUACACUCACAAAAUUUGGAGGAAUAGUAGUACUUGCCUUUUCAAAAUCCCAGAUCUUCCAGAUUUUCUACUUCAGGAUGUAUCUAGCCAUGGUACUUCUUGGAGCAACUCACGGCUUAAUAUUUCUUCCUGUCCUACUAAGUUACAUGGGGCCUUCAGUAAAUAAAGCUAAAACACGUGCAAUUCAAGAAAGGAACAAGGGUUCAGAAAGAGAAAAGCUCCUGUUCUUCUAGCCAUUUUAAACAAAGUGGUCAGUGGACUCCUAGAAUUUGUGGCUGAAGAGCCUUUCAUCAUAAUAAAUGGCAGCAGAUUUCUAUGACUAUUGUCUCACAACCAGAACACACUCGUGGAUGGUUUAAUACCAGCAAAACAGCACUAAUUCUGAACAGUUUGGCACCAGGAAGAACAACAGUUUUGCAUUUCAGUAUUACUAAAAUUAAAAACACUAACAGGAUGCUAAAUUACUACUAUUGAAAUAUUACAGUUAAGGGAAAGACCACUGGUCCAGAAGACGAAUAGCUGUCUUGGUGGGAUUAAAAGUGAUACAUACGAGAAAAGAUUACUGAACCACUGACACUUUUUAAAAUGCAAGUCAAUGCAAUUUUGGGCUCUAUUUUUAGAAGAAAAAUAAGCCGUCACUCAAAAUGUUGUAAUUUUUAAUAUUUGCCAAAGCGUCUGUAUAUAUACUUUAUUAUAAAGCAGGGGUUUUUUGUAGGUCAAAAGUACAUAAAUGAAAUAAAUUAAGUUUAUACAUUUUG